CGCUACUGAGGAGCUGGAGAUGGGCAGACAUACUGUUGUUUAAACCAUGAUCAGUUAGUAAACCAUGUAACUUAAGUUAUCGAGCUCAUUAAAAUGGCUAGAGACUUUACAACAACAAGUUUAAGCAAUAUUGAUCUCGCCUCCUUACGAGAUCCUGCAGGAAUAUUUGAGCUCAUUGAGGUGGUUGGCAAUGGGACGUAUGGGCAAGUGUAUAAGGGUCGGCAUGUGAAAACAGGACAGCUGGCAGCAAUCAAGGUCAUGGACGUGACAGAGGAGGAAGAAGAUGAAAUCAAACUGGAGAUAAAUAUGUUAAAAACUCAUUCCCAUCACAGGAACAUCGCUACAUAUUAUGGUGCUUUUGUUAAGAAGAGUCCUGCGGGUCAGGAUGACCAGCUUUGGCUGGUAAUGGAGUACUGUGGUGCGGGUUCAGUCACGGAUCUGCUGAAGAAGACCAAAGGAAACUGUCUAAAAGAGGACUGGAUUGCUUACAUAUGCCGGGAGGUGCUCAGGGGUCUGUUACACCUGCAUUCACAUCAUGUGAUUCAUCGAGACAUUAAAGGACAAAAUGUGCUGCUGACAGAAAACGCUGAAAUUAAACUCGUGGAUUUUGGUGUCAGUGCUCAGUUAGACAGGACGAUUGGACGAAGAAACACAUUUAUUGGGACACCAUAUUGGAUGGCACCAGAAGUGAUUGCAUGUGAUGAGAACCCAGACUCCACAUAUGACUACAGGAGUGACGUAUGGUCUUUGGGCAUCACAGCUUUGGAGAUGGCUGAGGGAGCACCACCAUUGUGUGACAUGCAUCCCAUGAGAGCGCUCUUUCUGAUUCCUCGAAACCCUCCUCCCAAACUGAAGUCUAAGAAAUGGUCUAAAAAGUUUCUGACGUUUGUGGAAAGUUGUCUUGUGAAGAACUACCAGCACAGGUCUUCAACAGAGACCCUCUUACGCCAUUCAUUUAUUAAAGAUCUUCCCAAUGAACGGCAAGUACGCAUAACUCUGAAAGAUCACCUGGACAGAACCAGAAAAAGGAGACGAGAGAAAGAGGGAUUGGAAUAUGAAUACAGUGGAAGUGAAGAUGAAGAUGAUGGUAUGAAUGAGGAUGAAGGUGAACCCAGCUCUCUUGUGAAUCUUCCUGGCGAGUCUACAUUAAGACGAGAGUUUCUUCGUCUGCAGCAAGAGACAAACUCGCAAACACAACUGCUCCAACAACAACUACACAAUCAAGACAACUACAAGAGACAACUGCUUGCAGACCGACAAAAGAGAAUUGAGCAACAACUGGAGGAAAGGCGACGCCUUGAAGACAAACAGGCUAGGCUGCUACACGAGAAAGGACUCCAGUGGCCAGAACUUCAGGAGAUGAUAUGGCAAGAGCCCAAAGAUGGUGAACAUCAUAGGACUGAUAGACAAGAGCAUAAGAGCCCAAGAGUCACAUCCAACUGUCCCACAAGACCACAUGAAGGGGUGGCAGGUGUGUUGGAAUCCCUGGACAACCUUCAUCUCAAUCUGAAUCAUUUAGCUGCCAGGAUUCCUCAGUCCCGCUUGGGAUCAGGGAGCAACUCUAGCCCCUGUACACCAGCACUCCAGAGAGCAGCCAAGCAGCCGAAUAUGAGCCUGUGCUCCAGUGGAGAGAUUCAUCACAGCAGCUCUCUGUCUGAUGUUUCCACGACUCCUGUCUCCCCAAUACUAGAUGAUGUCUUCUUUAACCCUGCUGAGCAGCCACCCAAGAUCCCUGAGCGAACCACUUCAAAGUAUUCCAGAGAUCUUAUGAACCAUCACAGAUUUGGAUCCAAUGGAGGCUGUCAGUCUCCUCUGGACAACAUAUUUUACUCCAGCAGCUCAGCUAGCAGUCAGUCGGGUAUACGUCACCAGAGGAUGGACAGCCCACCUCAACAAAACAGAAACAUUGUAACAUCACCACUAAACCAGGGUUUGGGAAUGAAGUCGCUCUUAAGCCCAUUAGUGAAGUUAGCAGAGUACUCUUCCUCCAGUGAUGAUGAGGAUGAGAAGACAAGGUAUCCAUUGAGCAAUGGGAGAAAUGUGUUGUCCAGAGGACAGUCUAAUGAAAUUGUUCUUCAACCUCAACACAACCUGAAACAGCAGCAGCAGAGUGCAGCAAAGCAGACAAAUAAUGUCCAUCAGAGAGCAGUUGGGUUACAAUCGCAUGAUAACUGCCAUCUGCCAGACCUCCUGCACAAGAGUCCCAAACAUGAGCUCUCCUACCACCAACUAACCACGCAAAAUUCAUUUGAUAAAUUAUUAAAUAAGCAGGCAGGUAAAAGCACGUCAUCAUCAUCCUCAUUCUCUCCAUUUAUUGACCCUCGUUUGCUGCAGAUCUCACCGCCUCAGAGUCCUGCAGCACACAGCCAACUGAAUGGCAGAAGAGAGAUGCAUAGGAAAGGCUCAGUGGUGAACGUCAAUCCCACCAACAUCCGACCACAGAGUGAUGCGCCAGAGAUUCGUAAAUACAAAAAGAAGUUCAACGCUGAAGUUCUCUGUGCUAGUCUAUGGGGUGUAAAUCUGUUGGUGGGCACAGAGAAUGGUCUGUGGCUGCUGGACCGCAGUGGUCAGGGGAAAGUUUACUCUCUCAUCAACCGCAGACGCUUCCAGCAAAUGGAUGUACUGGAAGGACUUAAUGUUCUCAUCACCAUCUCAGGUAAGAAAAACAAGCUGAGGCUUUACUACCUGUCCUGGUUAAGAAACAAGAUCUUGCACAAUGAUCCAGAAGUAGAGAAGAAGCAGGGCUGGACCUCAGUGGGAGAAUUAGAGGCCUGUGUCAGCUAUAAAGUAGUUCGCUAUGAAAAGAUUAAGUUCCUUGUAAUUGCCCUGAGGAAUGCUGUGGAGAUCUACGCAUGGGCUCCCAAGCCAUAUCACAAGUUUAUGGCUUUUAAGUCGUUUACGUCCCUGCCUCAGAAGCCUCUCUCGGUUGACCUGACAGUGGAGAAUGGACAGAGGUUAAAGGUCAUCUACGGAUCUCACUCUGGUUUUCAUGCCAUUGAUGUGGAUUCAGGCACACCGUUCGAUCUGUACCUGCCUAGUCAUAUCCAGGGUUUGAUUCGGCCUCAUGCCAUCAUCAUACUCCCCAGCAGCAGCGGGAUGGAGCUGUUGCUGUGUUACGAGGACGAGGGCGUCUUUAUUGACACCUAUGGCCGCAUCACCAAGGAAACAGUGCUGCAGUGGGGGGAGAUGCCCGCCUCUGUCGCCUAUCUUCAGUCAAAUCAAGUGAUGGGCUGGGGAGAGAAAGCCAUUGAACUGAGAGCUGCCAAAACAGGGAACCUAGAAGGAGUCUUCAUGCACAAAAAAGCUCAGAAACUCAAGUUCCUGUGUGAGAGGAAUGACAAAGUCUUUUUUGCUUCUGUCCAGUCUGGUGGAUGUAGUCAAAUAUACUUCAUGACAUUAGGACAGAACUCACUCUUCAACUGGUGAUCUUUUGAAUUCCAAACAGUUUAACUGGGUAAAUGUAACCAAAUUACUCCUUAGAAAUCCCAUACUGAAGACAUUUCCCAUCAUUUCUGUAUUCACUUGUAAUUCUGUAUCCACUUUUUAUACAGUAUAUGUGUAUAUGUGUAUAUAUAUAUAUAUAUGUAUAAGUAUUAUAAUAUGAUAUAAAACAUGACAAAUAAAUGAUGUUAGUUCAAAUAUAAACAUACAUAUAUAAAUCUAUAUAAAAUUA